AUGUGUCUAUGUGCAGAGGAGAUUCCCAGUGAUGAAGACGAGGUGAACGAGAACCACAGUGCCAUGCAGCAGCAGGCCAGCAUACCGACGAGCCAGGCCGGUGAGGAUGAUGACGACGAUGAUGACGAUGACUACUGGGACGAUGACUGCCUGGAGGGAACGCCCCUGGAAGAGUACAGCACGCCUUUAGACUACGACAACGGAGAGGACGAGUAUCGCUUCUUCACCUCGGCCCUGCUCCGGGUCCAGAGCAGUGAUACAGCCUGGUACCAGUGUUUGACGGCUCCGCUCAGUGAAGACCAGAGGAAACAGCUGCAGGAGAUCUACAGCAUCUCACAGCAGAGAGGGAGCACCGCCAGCAAGGGCCAGUGGUGAGACACACACACACACACACACACACACACACACGCGCGCA